CGUCCGACGGAAGUACCUUCCAGUUCCUUGUGCCCUUAGUGCCUCACACGCCGCAUCGUUCCCUGUCCCUUUCGCCUCUGGCGCCUUUUCUCUAAGGCCGCAUUAUCCCCUCCUCUCUCCGCCCGACCGCGUUCCUCGUUGUGAUGGCUGCAACCGUUAUGUUCCGCGCACGGCCCGGAGCCAGCGUUUUUCAGAGCUGCCAGCUGCUACACAAGUUUUUGAAAAGGGCCCAACUUUCUAACCUAGGGCAAAAGCCCUUCCUGCCCCUCAUUUUACGGGGUCUUGCUGUUGAGGCCAAGAAGACCUAUGUGAGAGACAAACCCCAUAUUAAUAUUGGUACUAUUGGACACGUGGAUCAUGGCAAGACUACACUGACAGCAGCAAUCACCAAGAUUCUGGCAGAGGGCGGAGGGGCCAAGUUUAAGAAGUAUGAGGAGAUCGACAAUGCACCAGAGGAACGAGCCCGGGGUAUCACCAUUAAUGCAGCCCAUGUGGAAUAUAGUACAGCUGCUCGACACUAUGCUCAUACUGACUGUCCUGGUCAUGCUGACUAUGUCAAGAACAUGAUCACCGGCACAGCCCCACUGGAUGGCUGCAUCCUGGUGGUAGCAGCCAAUGAUGGCCCCAUGCCCCAGACAAGGGAGCAUCUGCUCCUUGCCAAACAGAUUGGUGUGGAACACAUGGUAGUGUUUGUGAACAAGGCAGAUGCUGUCCAGGACAAUGAGAUGGUGGAGCUAGUAGAGCUAGAAAUAAGGGAGCUGCUCACUGAGUUUGGCUAUGAUGGGGAGAAGACUCCUGUCAUUGUUGGUUCUGCUCUCUGUGCCCUUGAGCAUCGGCAGCCAGAGUUAGGGGUGAAUGCUGUAAUGAAACUGCUGGAUGCUGUGGACACUCAUAUUCCUGUGCCCACUCGGGAUCUAGAAAAGCCUUUUCUCCUGCCUGUGGAGUCUGUUUACUCCAUCCCUGGUCGUGGUACAGUGGUGACAGGGACGCUGGAGAGAGGAACCGUGAAGAAGGGAGAUGAAUGUGAAUUUCUGGGCCACAGCAAGAAUAUUCGCUCUGUGGUCACAGGAAUUGAAAUGUUUCACCAGAGUCUGGAAAGAGCUGAGGCUGGAGAUAACCUUGGAGCAUUAAUUCGGGGGCUAAAGAGAGAGGAUGUUCGACGGGGCAUGGUGAUGGUUAAACCAGGCUCCAUUCAGCCCCAUCAGAAAGUUGAGGCUCAGGUAUACAUUCUCAGCAAAGAGGAAGGUGGCCGACACAAACCCUUUGUGUCACAUUUCAUGCCUGUCAUGUUCUCUCUCACAUGGGACAUGGCCUGUCGCGUCCUUCUGCCCCCAGAGAAGGAAAUGGCCAUGCCUGGUGAAGAUCUGAAACUAAACUUAAUCUUAAGACAACCCAUGAUCUUGGAGAAAGGUCAGCGUUUUACCCUGAGGGAUGGUGGUAAAACCAUUGGUACUGGCCUGGUCACUAAUAUAUCAGCUCUGACUCAAGAGGACAAGGAGAUUAAGUGGAGCUGAGCUCAAUUCUAGCCCUUCUAGCAUUGAUAGCUCACUAGCCUGAAUCAAGCUCAAAUGUAGGACUUGAAAAAAUGUCUUCAGGCUUUUCCUGCCAUCUCCAGCAACGGUUUCUCCUGGGACUGAAAGGCCUAUAAGUUGUAUGGGAAAAUAAAGUGUUGUGUGAAUAGUGGAACACCACAUGUAGUAACCUGCUGUUGUACAGAUUAAAAGAUUGGGUACUGCUAUUUGUACCUUCAGAUGGAUAA